ACAUGACGAACAUCAGCUCUGACGGAGGCGCGGCAGAAGGUUCGUCCUCAGGGGCGGCAGCGUCGGUCCUCGCCCCCUCCGCUAGCGUGGGCGUGAUGGAAAUCGUGGGCGUGCGGGCGGAGGGCGUGGUGGAUGACGUGGUGGAGGAGACGAUGAGUCCCGAGAUCCAGUACAUGGGCCACAUCGCGUACAACGUGGUGGCGCCCGUGAUCAUCUCCUUCGGGAUUCUGACUAAUGUGUUGAAUCUGCUGGUGCUCACCCGGCCGUCGCUGAGGGGACCCACCUUCAGGUGGCUAGCUGUGGCCAACCUGCUAGUAUGCGUAGUAUUGCUACCUUUCACGCUCCACUCUCACGCUACCCCGGUGCCCUAUGCAGCGGCCUUGUACUUCGCUCAUAUUGAGGUCCCCGUCGGCAACGCCCUCAUAGCCUCCAGCGUCUACAUCGUCGUCGGACUGAGCAUCGACCGCUUCGUCGCCGUCUGUUACCCUCGCAAAUACCGUAACCUCCACAGCCACUACGUCGCCUCCGUCAGGAUCGCUUUGUCGUUCAUCAUCGCCUUCAUCAUGUACAUUCCCAUGGCGUUCUACAAAGUGGUUGUGCCUGUCGCUGUAGGAGGAGGCGAGGGGCAGCCCUUGAAAUACGUCAUUGAGGAGAACACCAAGGUGGUCUCGACGCAGUGGUUCAUGGUGUACGAGUACCUGCUGGAGAUCUGCGUCAGAUUCGCCCCGGCGGUGCUCCUGGCGGUGCUCAACACGUGGAUCAUCAUCGAGUUCAAGCGCAUCUCUCGCCGCCGCCGCCUCCUGAGCCAGGGCAUGAGCUGCGAGGUGUCCGCCAUCCCGUCGCAGUCCUUCUACGAGGCCAACAACGCCCCGGCCACCAGCGUCGUAAACGCGUCUCCCACGAGGGGCGCCAAGGAGAGCUCGUCGCCUCCGCCGCUCUCCGUGGGACCUUCUGUUCCCCCGCUCACGGCUGUCGCUGUGCGGAAGGCCACAAGGAGGCGAACCAGGGCAUCGCCUCCUCCGCCUCCCCCUCCAUCCUGAACGGCAGGACCUCCUCGGCCUCCAAUGGCUACGCUGAAGGAGGAGGUAGGAUAUCCUUCACGGCCGACACCAGGAACUCGUCGGGGAAGUCCUUCGGGAGACAGAACGGCAAGGAGGACGACAAGGAGAAGAUCGGCCUCUCCAUGAUCAACGUGUCAGGCCCUCCCCCUCCGGCGCAGACCCACCACGUCGCGCGGGGCAUGAGCGAGCGCCGCCACGACAUGGAGCGUCGCCUGGUCCUCCUGCUGGUGUCGAUCAUCGUGGCGUUCUUCGUGACCAACAUCCCGGCGGCGGUGCUCUCCCUCACCUUCAGCGACGACAAGAGAAACAACCUCGACUUCCAGAUCUUCCGCGCGAUCGCCAACAACCUCGAGUUCCUGAACUUCGGUCUCAACUUCAUCCUGUACUUCCUCUUCAGCAAGGACAUUCGAAACGCUUUCACGACGCUCAUCAAGAGGGCGAUAGACCGAGUCAAGGAGGGGAUCGAAGGCUCGAGUAGCAAGUAUGCCGCCACCAAUCUAUGAUAACCUGAGAAGGCGAAUGUAUCUCGCACUGCGUCGGUUACGAUAAAAUGAUCACUGAAUGGUUACGUCGCUGAGGAACGAAGGGAAAUGUGGUGGGAAAUGUCCGUAGAUUUUAAGACAAGUUGCUGGGUGGGAGGAGAUGGUGAAAUCGGGGUAAAAUUCCCGUAGAUUAUUGAUUAUUAUACUAUUUCGUAAGAAAUGUGAUCUAGUAUGUAUACUUCUUAGAACGAAUAACAUACCAGUUUAUUAAGGAGCGAACCUUA